UAUUGUGUGGUCUUCAUGGGUAGCCAAAGAUAAACUGUAUCUAGUUUUAACAUCUGUAUGUUUUUAUGGGUUGCAGCAGGGGUGUCAAACUCUCUCCAGGCCCCCAGCUGGAUCUGUGAGGCCAGCAGCAGCUGCAGUGGGUCUGGCUUCAGGUCUGAGGGUUUUCACGUUAAAAGAGAACAACAAUGGCAGACUUAGAAGCUGGACUCCAGUCAGGGGAAGAUGUAGCAGAUGCAAGAUCUUUCAUUGGCUCUGAACAGCACACUGUCGAAGUAGAUGCACUUCCUGGAAAGAACCCACCUGCUGGUAAAUCCAUGGACUCUGAAAUACUGCCAGAUGACAGUUACAAAAUGGAUUAUCCAGAGAUGGGGAUGUGUGUAAUAGUAAAUAAUAAGAACUUCCAUCCAAGCACUGGAAUGGCAUUUCGAUCCGGUACAGAUGCAGAUGCUGCACUUAUUAGAGAAACUUUUAUAACUUUAGGUUACAAAGUCAAGCUUAACAAUGAUCUUAAGUGUAAGCAAAUUAUUGGCCUUUUGGAAAAUGUUGCUAAAGAAGAUCACAGCAAGCGGAGCAGUUUUGCUUGUGUGUUGUUAAGUCAUGGUGAAGAGGGAGUGAUCUUCGGUACAGAUGGUCCUCUUGAGUUGAAAUUAUUAACAGGACUCUUCAAAGGUCAAAGUUGCAAGACGCUAGUUGGAAAGCCAAAGCUCUUCUUUAUUCAGGCUUGUAGAGGGACAGAUUUGGAUCCUGGCAUUGAGACAGACAGUGGACCAGAGGAAAGAAUGUGUCAGAGAAUACCUAUAGAAGCAGACUUUUUAUAUGCAUAUUCUACUGCUCCUGGCUAUUACUCCUGGAGAAACUCAGCGGUGGGCUCCUGGUUUAUUCAGUCGCUAUGUACAAUGCUGAAACAGCAUGCAAAGAAUCUUGAGCUUAUGCAGAUCUUAACACGUGUAAAUCGCAAGGUGGCAGAAUUUAGCUCGUGUUCAAACCGAACAGAGUUUGAUUCAAAGAAGCAAAUUCCAUGUAUUGUGUCCAUGCUUACCAAAGAUGUGUACUUUCCUCACUGAAGACCAGCACCUUUAUUUGUAUUUCUGCAUAGAAUUUCAGUAAUUUAUGCAUUGAAUACCAGUUACAAAUCUGAGUUACCGUUCACUACUGUAUGUAAGUAGCCUAGAUGAAAUGAAGUCUAUUUAAAACUAAAUUGGUGCAGUAUUAAAGAGGUUAACAUGAUGUUACCACUAACUGAAAUAAGGACAAGUUUGAAAGUAGUGUUUCUGAAAAAUUAGGAGGAGACGGAUUGAAUCGCAUAUUCUCUGUUUUAGACGCAUCAUUUCAUUCUGGAUGGAGUAGGAAGUCAUGAAACUUUAGUUUCUCUUUUCAUCUAUGAAAUCUCAUUAGGAAGGGAUUCAGAAAAUGGUAUGUACCAGAAUCAUUUCACUGAUGGUGGUGAUACUGCAUUAGUGUCACUACAGAUUAGUGUAUUUGAGAAGUACCAUAUUUUCCUCACAUAACACACACAUUUUCCCCUAAAUCAGCUGGGGGAAAUUUGGGUGUGUAUUAUAUGUGAAAAAGAUGGAUUCCCAGAGGUCCAGAGAUUUGAUGGCAGGGGAUGCAGUGGUAGCAAUAAUUGUUGUGGCUUCCAGAGCCAUAGCAAUUAACACUGCCACCACUCUCCCACUGCCAAGUCUCCAGAUCCUUGAGGAGGCCCUGGCUGGCCCUGGCUGGCUGACAUGCUACUGCAUGCCUGUAUGCCAGCCCAGUCCACAGCUGAACCCAGCACCCCAGAUCAGGCUGAUACAUGGGUCAGUCCAUAUCUGAACCCAGUGCCUGGCCAUGGAGACCCCAGACCUCAGGUACUUGCCCACACUCCAUGGUAAGAUUUUUUUUUUUUUUUCCCCUUUCUUGGGGCCUUCCAAAAACCAAGAGUGCAUGUUAUAAUCAAGAUCAUGCUAUAGGUGAGAAAACAUGGUGCUCUAGAGGACUGUGUGAACUAUGGGAAUAUACCAUUCUUUGUAUACAAGGAGGCAUCCUAUUCAUCCAGCUGUUUUGUGGAUGGAAUUGAAUAGCUAAGACAGCAUUCCUGAAAAAUGCUCCUUGCUCACUACUCUCAACUCCCUAUAGAUGAAGGUGCUUAACACCUGCUGACAGCACUUGAUGCCUUGCAGGAUGAAAACAAAAUGGGACUAUACUUCGAGUGACAAACUCCACUGUUUUUGGCCAUAUAUCAUGAGAUUUUUUUGUUUUUGUUUUUCUUUAAAUACUGUGUGUACAUUAUUCAAUCUGUCACCAAAAAUAAAUGUGUCAUAUUGGAGAAAACUCAGUGGCUUUUUUUAAAAUAUCAAUUUUUAUAAUUUAAUAAAAGGUGUGGUAAAACAGCAUAUUUAAAUCUCUCAUUAGGUUUUUCUACUUAGUGAGACUAUACUGGUAUGUAAAAGUGAAUCAGAUUUUUAAAGUCAUAAUAAGUUUAAUCAUAAAUAUUUUUAUCUUCAUUGAUAACAGUUAAAAUCUUCUGAUUUAAUGGAAAAAGGAAACUCAGAAUUGUAAAUGACUAUUGGAUGCCUGCAGACAAGACUUUUUAAACUUUUAAAAAAAUUUUAAAAAUUGAAAAGACUUUAUCAAUUAAAUAUUGUUAAU